AUGCUGGCGGAGGCCAUGGCGGAAGCCAUGCGAGCCUCCCUGGCCUCUGGCGCCGGCGCCUGCCUCAACACCCUGCUCCACGCCGCCGACCGCGCCGGCUCGCCCGCCGCCACGGCGCGCCCCGCGCUCGCGCCGCACAUGCCGCGCGUGUUUGCGGAGGCCGCGCGGCGCGGCGCCCGCGGCGCGCUGCAGGCGCUGCUGGUGUGCUUGCCUGAGCAUUUUGAGGCGCUCGGGCCUGAAGCUCUGGAGGCGGCGGCGGCGGCCGGCCAGCACGGCGCAGCGGCCGACAUACGGCUGCUUCUUAGCAUGCGUGCCGGCGUGCAGGAGCCGGCAGUGGAGUUACCGGCGGCGGCGGCGGCGGCGGCGGCGCGCAACGCGGGCCUGGAGCACGCGGCUUCGCUGGGCGCGGGGUCAAUCCCCGAUGCGUGCGUGUACAUCGACGCCUGCCCCAGCCCGGGGGGUGUCCCUGCCGCCGCACCCUACCCCAAGGAGGCGUGCGGCACGGGCAGUGGCGGCAGCGACGGCAGCGGCAGCAGCGGCGGCGCCCCCUGCAGCAGCGCAGGCAGCGACUGCAGCAGCGCAAGCGCGGCGGGCUGCUUGGCGCGCGCCGACAGCGCGGUGUGCGACAGCGAAAUGGCGGACAAUGGGCGGGUGGGGGGCGGGGUGCAUGGUCACCACUACCAGCAGCAGCAGGAGCAGCAGCAGCAGCAGCGGCAGCGGCAGCAGCAGCAGCACGUGCACCCUCAUGCAAGCAGUGGCGGCGCGACGCCGCCGCAGCAGCGGGUGGGCUCAGCUGCCCCAGUGCAUCCCUACAUGCGUCGACCCUGCAGCACCAGCAGCGCCGGCGAGUCAUCCCUGUCGGGCUCCCCCGCCAAUGCAGGCCCCGCGCCCCCGCCGCCCCAGCAGCAGCCCCAAGCGCCGCGCGGCGCCACGCCGGGCGGCGGCGGCGGCGACGCGCGGCUCCGCGCGUCGCUGCGGCGCGCGAUAUGCUGCGACGACGUCGCGCGGGCCGCGCUGCUGCUGACAGAGCUGGUGGAUGCGACGGAGCGGCCUCAGGGCGCCGAGCGGCAGCAGCAGCAGCAGCAGCCCUUGGACGCGUUUGUGUUGGACCUCAUCUCCGCAGCGGCGGCCGCGGGCGCGUGCGACUGCGCGCACCUGCUGCUCACCGCCAUCGGCGGCAACGACGACGGCGAGCUCAAAUCACGCGCCGCGCGCGCGCUGUGCGCCGCCGCCGCCGCGCGCGGCCGCUGCGCGCUGCUCCGCGCCGCCUCGGCGCACCACCCGUGGGUCGCCGCGGCGAUGGCCGCUGGCGGCGCUGCGCUCGGGCGCGAGUGCCUGCGCGCGGCGAUCCUUUGCGCGCACCCGCACACGGCGGUGUGGGUCGCGCGGUCGCUGCCGUGCGGCCGGGGGCACGCCCAGGCUGCCGCCGACGCGCUGCUGGCAGCACCUGCCUGGCAGCUGCGCGGCGAGCUCGAGGCGCUCGCGGGCGGCGGCGGCUGCUGCGGCGGCGGCGGCGGGGGCUGCGGCCUGGCCAAGAAGCGGGCGGCGGCGGCGGGGGCGGCGCCGGACGCGGGGGCGCUCGUCGACGCGUUUUCGCGUGCGUGGGCGGCGGCGGCCAGCUGA